AUGUCUCAACCUCAUUUUCCUAGAAGCUCGAACAGUAUGCCGAGACUGUCCAGUUCUGUGCCGAGAUUGCCCAAUUCUAUGGCGAAGAUGUCAUUUUCAGAUAAUGAUGCUGGUGAUAUGUUCAAGCAAUACCACAGCCUGUCUCAACACUUUUUUGACAAAUUCCAAGGGCAAACUGGUAGCACACCAAUUAUACAAAAACCGGCUCCUUUUAAGAUGCGAUGGAUCAACGGCUUCAAUCAUAGGGUUGGGGUGAUAAACCUGAAUGACAAAGGCAGCACCAUACUGUUCUACUCGGCCUCCAACUGCGGAGUGAUAUACAACUGGUCGACACAUCACAUGUGGCUUCUACAGGGACACAGACAUAUGAUCACAUGCAUAGCGGCGGACGACAACGGUCGAUGGCUGGUGACAGCCGACUCCGGCUCAGAAAACGUGCUUAUAAUAUGGGAUGUCAAAGAUCUAUUUCCGCAGAAGACAUUUUUUUCCCCACACGGCAGCGCUAAAAUCGCCAAAGUGGCAUUGAGUGGUGACGCCAAGUAUUUAUUGUCUCUGGCAUACUCUGCAGAGAAAACGUCGCUGUACUUUUGGAUCUGGUCUCAUGGACAAGACUUUCCACAUGCGAUUUAUGAAACAACUACUAUCCCUCGAGAUAGCAUUAUUGUGAUGGGUUUUAAUCCAUCAAAAUCGGAACAGUUUCUGAUGAUGACCAGAACCAAUAUUUUAAUUGGCGUUUCAAAAAAAGUCGUAGUAGUUGAGCGCGGGAUCUCAAGAGAGACAAACCGCUGGGAAAUAAUAGUAAAAAGUAUGGAUGCAGUGAAUCCAGAAUAUGGGAAGCUGAUGUGCUAUACUUUCGUGAAGGGGACCUCUCAGAUUUUGUUGGGUACCACAAGGGGUGCGGUGCUCGUGUAUGGGUACACCAUCGAGUACAAAGCCAACCUAGAGCCUAUGAACAUUGAUAACCUGAGAUAUAUCAAGAUGCUGAAGUUGAAUAAGAAGCUGAUUCAUGUCAUCAAGAAUAUUGAUGGUGUAAUAGUGACGGGCAACAGCUGCGGCGAGAUCCACUUCUAUGAUGAACAGCUGAAGUUGCUGUACUGGGUGCACGGGUUCACGGUGGACCGGGUGAAGGCGCUGAGCUUCAACAUAUCCCCCAGGAGCUCCGUUAUACUUGAUCCGAAGUGUAACAAGAUUUGUCCCUGCUGGGAGAAAGUAGAGGUUGAUAAAGACCCAGACACAGGCGAGGUAAAGCAGAAACUAAUAAAGAUGCGGUUGCCUUCAGACGCUACCGUCGACGGCAAGCCGUUCCUAGUCAGGGACUUCAUAAUCACCACGUAUAACCAGGGAGUGGGCUUCGUGGACUUCGUGACUGAGAAGUAUACAACUAUCCUGGACCACAACCGAUCCUUAAUCAUGACCAUAUCCGUGCACCCAGAAAAGAGCCUAAUAUGCCUUGGUUACAAGAACGGCAGGGUGGAACUAUUCGACUUCUGCCGCCACAAGCUGAUCAAACGCCUGAACUUGAGGCACACGUUCACUGUGGUCAUACCGCCUAACGAAGACUCCAUCAACUGCAACUUUGCAAUCACCGUGCCUGAACUGUCCGUCACCUGCCUCAAAUACUCGCCUUCAGGCUUGCACCUGGCUUGCGGUUUGAACACAGGCCAGCUUCUGUUCCUCGACCCAUCCACCAUCGAUAUCCGCACCCCGACGCCAUUCUCCGACACCAAAAGUGACAUCAUGUUCAUAUGCUUCAGUCAGGACUCCAUCACGCUCGCCACUGCUGACGCUUUCCGCACCGUUUGUGUGUACAAGUACAACUGUGAAACGUUCAAGUGGGUGUUUAUUGGUAAACAUAGGUCGCACUACAGAGAUAUUACCGCCCUCGUCUUCGUGCCCAGUAACACUAAUGGAGGAGAAUAUAAGUUGCUAUCGUUCGGGUUGGACCGCAGUAUGGUGGAGUACGACAUUGCCAACAGUAAGCAAGAGUACCUUGAGAUAGCCAGCCUGGAUCGUGUAGAGCAAUCGGCCGUGCCACUGGCAGCUAUCCCGUGGCCCACACCGGCAGAGCUUAACCCGGAAGAAUACAGAACUGAUUUACCGAUGAUACUGAUGGCAAAUGAUGAGUUCAAGUACAAGAUAGUUAACUACGCAACAACGAUGACGUUGUCAACUGUACUAGGUCCGAGGUACGAUCACCCGGUCAGCAAAAUGCAGUUGGUUACUCAUAAAAAGGGAGAAGAGACGAAAAAGUACUUACUGUUUAGUUGUAGAGAGGUUAUUGGCCUACAGAAGUUGCCACUCGAUGGAAAUCCUUGGAAACACGUUGGACUACUGGGACAUCCAAUUAAGGUUAGGUCCGUAGAAACGACAACAAAGUGCGGGGGAUCGGACUUGGAUCCAUACUACUGCCUUGUGGAGGACGGGCGGCCUGGCUGGCUGUUUCAAGAGAUACGCGACCUCUUCUACUACAUCCAGAUUCUCUGCCAAGGCACCUUCUCACCAGCUAGGAGACAGGUCAAGGAUUAUAUUCCAAUAGACUCACUGCCUGAUCUCAUGAGGGCUCUAGGAUUCUUUCCUUCUGAAUAUGAGGUGGAAAAUCUUUUAAUCGAAGCAAAGUAUAAAGUGUAUCUUCACACUCCAGUUACGGAAAUAGAUUUUGAGGAGUUUGUAAAACUGUACCUGAACCAUCGGCCAGUGUUUGGCGAGGACUUUAAGCGGCUGCGCUUAGCAUUCCGCACUUUCGCCAACAUCGGAAAGGAUGGAUUCUCUAUAAAACGAAACGAUUUCAUUGAAAUACUCACUACUAAUGGGAGGAGUCACCGUUCCUUAUCUCCGGCUUGCCUUCAUUGGCUGGCCGGAGUGAACGAUGACGAGGAACAGGUCUCCCACCUCUGGCUUGCCUUCAGUGGCCGUCCAGAGUUGAGUCGCGAGGGUAGUGAUCCUGCUCGGAGGGUGGAAGCUGUUCGUGAGUACUUUUCUCGGGAAUUGUGCUGGUACUUGCUGACUAUCCUGGCCGGGCACAGCAUCGAAGACAGAGCUCUUAUCAGUGAAGAUGACUUCUCAUUCUUACCAGAGAAAAUCAACUUCUCAGACUUUCUGACAGAGAUAAUUGGCAUACAAGAAAUGGAGAAUGUGUCGGACUCAUACUCUGGUAUGGAGUCUAUGGUCUCCAUACAUACAAUCACAUCAUACGAGUCUAAUGAUUAA